AUGGCUGGCGCGGCACGCGUUGCAGCCGGGGCCCUGGAGAAGGAGACCAUCGCCGACGCGCAGGAGGCCCAGACCGCGGUGGCCCAGGCGCUGACGGUGCUCAGGGAGUUCUACAAGAAGGCCGGGGAGGCGACGGCGCUGCUCCAGGAGGUGCAGCACCCCACGCCACCGCCGAUCUUCGACAGGCCGUACAGGGGCAUGGGGGACAUGGCCGGCGGCGUGGUUGGCAUGCUGGAG